AUGGCGUGUGGUGGGCUAUGGCUCUCAGUGGGGCAAGGCAAACCCGGCGCCGGUGAGUGCGGGAUCAAGUCAGAGGCCUCUUAUCCCACCGUCUCCAGCGCGCCUUCUCCACCCUCACCUUCGCCGCCCUCGCCCUCCAAAGGACACUAUGGCACACCGCCGUGUCAGGAGCAUGAGUCGCCUUUCGAGGUGGUCGGCAAAGGCCAGGUGUGCACUCCAAGUUGUGAGAAUGGAUGCCCGAGCGAUGUGCCUGCGGGAACUGCCGCCCGACCGCGCUGCGCGGACGAUGCUACUGCGUCUUGA